CCUGGUUGCUGCCGGAGCUUCUCACAUCCCAACUCCAGGGCCCGCCGGGACCGGCCAAACCAGAGCCUCUCCAGCGGCGGCGCGGGGAGUGGGCUCCUCAACUAACUUUCUCGGCGCGACUGGGCCGCUCGCGGGGACCCGGGUGCGCACCUGCGAACUCCCCCUCCUGCACCUGCCACCUUUGAGCCGGCGCGGGCGUCCGAGCGAGCCAUGGCCAACGCGGGGCUGCAGCUUUUGGGCUUUAUUCUAGCUUUCCUGGGCUGGAUCGGCGCCAUCGUGAGUACGGCGCUGCCCCAGUGGAAGAUUUACUCCUAUGCUGGCGACAACAUCGUGACGGCCCAGGCCAUCUACGAAGGUCUCUGGAUGUCCUGCGUGUCGCAGAGCACCGGGCAAAUCCAGUGCAAAGUCUUCGACUCCUUGCUGAAUCUCAAUAGUACUUUGCAAGCAACCCGUGCCCUGAUGGUGAUUGGCAUCCUUCUGGGACUACUUGCCAUCUGUGUGGCCACAAUUGGCAUGAAGUGUAUGAAGUGCAUGGAAGAUGAUGAGGUGCAGAAGAUGCGAAUGGCUGUCAUAGGAGGAGUAAUAUUUCUUAUUGCAGGUCUGGCUCUCUUAGUUGCCACAGCAUGGUAUGGAAAUAGAAUUGUUCAAGAAUUCUAUGACCCCAUGACCCCGGUCAAUGCCAGGUAUGAAUUUGGUCAGGCUCUCUUCACUGGCUGGGCUGCUGCUUCUCUCUGCAUUCUGGGAGGUGCCCUACUUUGCUGCUCCUGUCCCAGAAAAACAACAUCUUACCCAACACCACGGCCAUAUCCGAAACCUGCACCAUCCAGUGGGAAAGACUAUGUGUGACACAGAAUCAAAAAGGAGAUAACCCCGUUGGAACAAAACAAAACGGACUUUGAAAUACCAUCAUUGACAUUACGACAUUAGACUUGACUUUUGUAGUCUGAACUGUGGUAUUAAUGUCCCCCCCCGCCCCCAAAGAAAACACACACAUUUUUUAAAAAACACCCAUUGAUAAAAAUGGCUUAGUUUUAUUUUAUCUUCUUUCCUCAAUACAGAGGGAAGUCUUUUCCAUUUGUAUUAUUAAAUAGCACUGAAUAAUUACUUCAG